GCAAAUUAUUGGACACAUCAAAUAUAACUACAGUGAGUCAAGCAAGCUGUCAGUUUGUGCUGUCGCUUCAGUAUUUAUGUUUUCUGAGAGCGUUCACUUACCAAUUGCUUUAUAUUAAAGACCUCGUUUGUCAAGAUGCCGAAGGGAGGAAAGAAGGGUGGACAUAAAGGUCGCAUGCGGACGUACACGAGCCCAGAUGAAAUCGAUGCUCAGAUGAAAGCAGAAAAGGAAAGGAAAAGGCAAGAACAAGAAGAAGGGGGGGAGGGUGCAGCACAGGAUGACAAGACAGAGGAGAAGUUAUCAGGCUCAGGAUCAGAAGACAGUGAUGACGAAGAUAGCCAGAGGAGGAGAGCAGGAGUGGAAGGAUUGAUAGAAAUUGAGAACCCCAACAGACUGACUCAAAAGACCAAGAAAGUCACACAGUUUGAGCUGGAUGAGCCCAAGCAGUUAUCAAGGAGAGAGAGAGAAGAGAUUGAGAAGCAGAAAGCGAAGGAGCGCUACAUGAGGUUGCACAUGGCAGGGAAGACGGACCAGGCCAAAGCUGACCUUGCUCGCUUGGCUAUUAUCAGGAAACAGAGAGAGGAUGCGGCAAAAAAGAAAGAUGAGGAAAAAAAAGCAAAAGAAGCAAAAGAAGCAGUGGCGGCAGCAGCUCGAGGAGUAAACUCCCUCUCACUGAAAUGAUGCAGAGUAUUUAUCAGAGGGAUAUUCACAUGUUUGUGGACUGGUGCAAUAUGUGGCUAUUUUUUAAAAGAAGAGCUAUGAAGAAUAUAUAAGACAUUAAGGUAAUAAAAACCAUGUGGAAAUGGUUUUAAGCGACACCAGUGCAGAGGGGUUGUGUUUGUUUUUGGCAUGGAAAAAUGAAAUGGCCUCAUUGAUCCUUCCAGGAUGUACUACAGCUACAUUAGAGCGGUCUUCACGUACACACUUGGAAUGAGCCUGUUCUAACCUACGUGCUUGUACAUUGUGUAACACGUGUUAUACUUAUCAUUGUACAAUUGCAACUUUGCGAAAUAAGCUUUGCCACCAUGUUUUUUUGGGGGAUCUUACAUUGUAUAUAACUGACACUGGAUAAUGUUUCAGAGUAAUAUGAUGAAACCAGCAAAUGUGUGUGUUCUUUCCUUUAUUUUGAUUCAUUUUCCUGUGAGAAAGCAGUUUGUUGGUUUACUCUUGUGCUUUCCCGUGUUCAGAUCUGUAAAUAUUACAGAUUUUGGAACAGAAGGACGUUCUAGUCAGUUGAGAAACAUAAUUUCUAUGAAAUAUUAUUGUUUAUUUAAAAUAAAUAUAAAAUGUGUUUGGAAAAUCAUAAAUUUUUUUAAUAAAAAAUAAAUUUCCCCAUUAAGAUUCAAACAUGAUAUACAACUUAUUAUAGUAAAAAUCGAACCUUUUUUCCAGUGAAAGUACAUCUAUUUAAAUACAAGGAAAAUGCCUCCACUGAAAAUUUUACUAAAUUCUAAGCAGUUACUUGCAAAGUACUUUAAGUAUCAAAUGAAAAUUCUCAUUUGUGAUAUCACAUCAUAUUUUAGAAUAUUAUUGUUCUGUGUCUAAUUCAGCUGUUGCUUUAUAUACCCCCUCUACUCUGUGCUCAGACUUUGGGUCAAACAAAAGAAUGAGUCCUGGCAGCAAAGGACAUCAUUUUCGCCACUUUUAACAAGAAUAAAGAACUCCAGUGUUGACUUACA